UAACCCUCAUUUAGUCCUAGUUAUUAGGUGAACACUUUCAAGAUCAGUUUCGCUUCGCUCAUAGGUCAUUCAUCUCCUCAAAGUAACAAUGAGAUCCAAGUAUAAUCAGUUAAGAAACUCUUAAACAGAACAUUUCGAUUACAUUCUUUCUUAUAGUCUAUCUAUUGUAUAUAAUCUAUGGUAAAUUAUAAUUCAUUACUAACAUAAUACAUUGACAUUUUAUCAUACAUUACAGUUUUAUUCUUUAUAUAUCUAUCUAUCUAACUAUUUUUCAGGUCAUUACAUAAUAGAACUAAUGAAAUCAAUCAGUAACCAUCUAUUCAAUACGGAUUACUUAAUACUAUAUCGUUUAAUUGUUAUUAUUCUAUAUACAAUUUCAUCACAAAUUGGUUAUUUCUAUUUCUAUCCAAAUAAUAAUGAAGGUAUUCAACUAAUUCAAGUACUUUAUCUAUUGAAGUUCUUCACAUGUAUUACAAUGACUUUAAAUGCAAUCUACUUUAUAACUUCAAUACCAUUACAAUACUUUAAUCUUGAUCAUAUUCGUGGUUAUCAAUUCUUGGUUGUAUUCUCAUUUAAUUCGACAAUGAUGCUUUUCUACUGGAGUGCAUUUCUUUAUGAUCCCAAAUGA